AUAGGCUCACAUUCAAAGAGCCUCUCUGUUAUACGAACAAGUCUGGGGAUACAAUUUGUGCUUGGGGAUGUUUUAUCACCAAGUUUACUUUGGAGAUCAUGUUUAUGAUGGUGGAUAUAAUGUCACUAAAGCCGGUCUUUUUAGCUUUACUGUGUUUAUACUGGCGACAGUGUACGGCUGACCUGUGUAACUGGAGUGGAAGUGGUUUGGCGCGUGAAACUCACUCUCGGACGGUGCAGCAGGUGCGGCUGCGCUGCACGGAAGGGUCGGUAGAGUGGGUGUACCCGAACCAAGCUUUGAGGGUUGUCCUGGAGCCCAAUCUUUCAUCUUCACGCCACACAACAGUGUGCAUCAAACCGUUCCGCAACUUCCGUGGCGCCAGUGUAUACAUCGAACGUGGUGGGGAACUGGAUUUGUUGUUGGCUGAUGAAGGGCGUCCGGAGCAGGUGUUCUGUUUUCGGGCAGAUGGACCGCAGAAAUCAGCAAUUUUUCUUCAGGCCAACCUGGAAAGCGAUAUCAGCCGACGGCCCGUGGGCUUCAGAUACGAGUUGCUUGGAAACCGGAGCACAGCGCCAAACCUGGGCAAAAGUGUGUUGCAGGCUGCCUGUCGGCCCUGCAACAACACUGAACUGCUUCUUGCCAUCUGCACCAGUGACUUUGUUGUCCGUGGCUCCAUCAGAAGCGUAUCCCAUCACAAGGAGCGGCAGACCUCGCUGGUGGAGAUCUCAGAAGGGAGGAUGUUCCGCCAACGCAGUGGGGUGUUUGAACGAGAGACGGCCACCGCAGGGGCAACCAGGUCUGGGUCCUCCUGGCACGGGCACAUCCACACCUUGCUAGAGUGCCAUGUGAAGCCAGGGGGUGGGGAGUUCCUCUUUACAGGGUCAGAGCACUUUGGGGAAGCCUGGUUAGGCUGCGCCCCACGAUACAAAGACUUCCUGUCUCUAUACCACAAAGCUCGGAAGGCCCGUUUGAAUCCCUGUGACUUCCCCUUGGACUGAUCGUCACUUCCAGAGCCCUGCUGUCUGCUUAAAAACUAUAUUUACUCUAAAUGGAACACAAUCCCCGAAGUCUCUCCACUGUGACACCACAGGGUGACUUUGUUGACUUGCUACAACAAUGCCUGUAUGCCAUUGCGGUGGCUCCGUGCAAAAUCAGCAGGGACCGAUCUGGUGUAGACCUAGGGCAGAGGUCCUGGUGGGGGUGAGAGCUACGGGUUCUCCUGAGGCUGUG